AUGGGACAAAACUAUGGAAUAGUAGUGGAUGCUGGAUCAUCGGGUUCGAGACUUCAGGUAUUUAGAUGGGAUGAUCCUUCUUCAACUCUUGCGAGUUCCAAAUCAUCAAAUGAACUGUUGAAUUCAGUUCCUCAAAUUGAGCAGAAAAAGGAAUGGGGAAUGCGAAUAAACCCAGGCCUUUCUGCAUAUGCAAAUAAGCCAGGUAAGAUAUGGAAAAAGCAUUUGAAACCAUUGGUGGAGUUUGCAGCUAAGAUAGUGCCGAUAGAAAAGCAAAGAGAUACUCCAAUAUUUAUACAGGCUACAGCUGGAAUGCGGCUACUUCCGGAGAAAAAGAGAAGUGCCAUAUUGAAAGAAGUCUGCAAUUCUGUAAGAAAGCAUAGUGAUUUUGAGCUGGACUCUUGCACAGAUCAUGUUCAGGUUAUAGAUGGCGAAACAGAAGGAAUUUACGGGUGGAUCGCCCUUAAUUACUUGAAAAAGAAGUUUGAUAACUUUGACAAUAAAAAGGGAAUAGACUCAGGGUCAACAUUUGGAUUUAUGGACAUGGGUGGGGCAUCAACACAAAUAGCAUUUGUUCCAUCGGACAAGGAUGAACGUAAAAAGCACAUCAAGGAGCUAUAUAUGGUUAGACUCCGAAACAUAGAUGGGACUAAACAGGAGUGGCCAAUAUUUGUGAGUACAUGGCUUGGAUUUGGUGCAAAUGAGGCACACAGGCGUCAUCUCCGUAAUCUUAUUAUGACUCUCCCAGAAGGUGUUAAUUACGACAAAGAUGGUGAUUCUACCUACGAUAUAUCGGAUCCAUGCUCACAGAAGGGACUUACAAUUCAGCAGGAGUUGAAAGGGAUUACAUAUGACAUUAGAGGUUCUGGAGACUAUAGACAAUGCCUCCGAACCAUUUAUCCACUUCUUUUAAAGCAUUUGCCUUGUAAGGAGUCAUCUUGCCUAUUUAAUGGUGUUUCUGCACCUAAAAUUGAUUUUACUAAAGAUAAAUUUGUUGGCAUUAGCGAGUAUUGGUAUACAGCCAAUGAUGUGUUCCAUAUGGCUGGCGAAUAUAACUUUAAGGAGUUCGAGCAGAGCUUGCAAGGAUUUUGCGAAUCCGACUGGGACUCGGUUGAAAAGAAAUUUGAGGAUGGAAAGUAUGGCCCUAAUAUGCGACUUCCCUUACUUAAAGACUCAUGCUUUAAAGCAUCAUGGAUUGUUAACGUUUUACAUGAAGGAUUUGGACUUCCUCGUAUUGGUCUUGAGGGUAAUGAUGAUGGGGAUUAUAAUGUAAAGGAAGAUACCAGUUCAUUAUCAUCAUCAUCGUCAUCAUUGUCAUCCUCCUCAUUUCAAAGUGCUAAUUCAAUUGAUGGUGCUGAUCUAAGCUGGACCUUGGGAAAGAUUUUAUUAUAUGCCUCAUCACAGGUUCAAGCUCAUUCUUACGCAGAGCAGGUAGGAGUGUAUCCAAGCUUGAACAAGAUAGAGGAAUUACGGUCCAAAAAGGCAUCCGAAGAUACAUUGCAAAGAGAUAGGGAGUCACUUUUUGGAAUUGGCCCUUGGUGGGUUAUCUUUGUGUUCAUGACUUCUUGCAUAGCGGCAUAUUUUUUUAUAGGCAAUCGCCUGAAAUCACGAAACAUACUUUUAAAAUAUUUGAGAAAGUCGCGGAACAUGUUGAUGAAAAUCAAAAUGAGGCUUAUAGGAAAAUACCAUCAUUUGGCAGGAUUUUCUGAUGAGGAAUUGGAUAUUCAUAAUAAUCAGCUUCAUUCUUUAGAAGAGGGUAGAUAUCCUUCAAUAUCAAAUGCGUCAUUCAACUCUAGAGGUAACACACUUAGAACACGCUCGACUGCAAAUCUUCAAGAGCUUAAUAAAAUAGAUAUUCCAUCUUCUCGAAUACCAGCAAAUGGGCAUCCACGUCCUAAAUUACCACACUCACAAUCAUUCUCCAACUUUCCAUUGAGAACGGGCACCAUAGGAAAUGAUCUUAUGGGUAAAAGGUUACCAAGAUUUGCGAGCACCAUUGACAAGUGA